AUGUAAUUUUAAUGGUGAAGUCCAACCUGAACCUAUGGAAGCCCGUUCUCGAUUGCUCGCCCAGAACGCUUGCAUAGCCCAACCAGAACAAAUUCUGAGUCUGUCUCUCUGAGUCCAACAAUGGCUCUCACUUCUUCUUCGAAGUAUUUGGGUUGCUACGGUUAUGAUCUGCUCUUGGUGUCAAUAGCUGCGUUUUAUGUAUUCAUGGUACCGUACACUAAGGUGGAAGAAAGCUUCAAUGUUCAGGCAAUGCAUGAUAUUCUAUACCAUCGGCAUCAUUUGGACAAUUAUGACCAUUUGGAGUUCCCAGGAGUUGUUCCUCGCACUUUCCUUGGUUCCCUGCUUGUAUCAAGUUUGGCAUCUCCUAUUGUCGUAGCGAUGAACUUGCUGAAUUUGCCUAAGAUUUAUAGUCUUGUUGCAGUUCGUUUGGCAUUAGGUUGCAUUAUUUUAUCUACAUUGCGCUUCUUCCGUCUUCAGGUUAGAGAUCAGUUUGGACAUCAAGUAGAAGCUUUCUUUGUGAUACUAACUGCUGUUCAGUUUCAUCUUCUAUUCUAUUGUACCCGUCCUCUUCCAAAUAUACUAGCACUUGGUGUAGUCAACUUGGCAUAUGGAUAUUGGUUCAAGCGGAAGUAUUAUGCAGCACUGAACUGUCUGAUUUUUGCUACAAUCAUCUUUAGAUGUGAUAUCCUUCUACUUCUUUGCCCUCUUGGCCUAGAGCUUUUCUUGACUAAAUCAAUUUCAAUAUGGGGGACAUUAAAAUGCUGCCUUUGGUUUGCUCUCUUGUCGAUAGGUCUUACUGUAAUGGUUGAUUCAAUAAUGUGGAAAAGGUUGUUGUGGCCUGAAUUUGAAGUUUUCUGGUUCAACUCUGUGCAAAAUCGGAGUUCUGAGUGGGGUACACAUCCCUUCCACUGGUACUUCACUUCUGCACUCCCUCGCUCAUUGCUUGCUGCAUACCCUCUUUUUAUGCUUGGGAUUUUUCUUGACAGAAGGGUUCUGCUAUUCAUUCUUCCAGUUUUCUCCUUUGUUUUACUUUACUCUAAGCUUCCUCAUAAGGAACUUCGUUUUAUUAUUAGCUCAGUUCCAAUAUUCAACUUGUCUGCCGCACUUGCAGCUAAUAGAAUCUAUAAUAAUAGGAAGAAAGCUUUUUGGAAGUUGAUGUACUUUGUGAUGAUCGGAUUACUAUUAAUCAGUCUAGGGUGCACCAUCAUAACUUUCCUUGCAUCCUAUGAGAAUUACCCCAGUGGUCAUGCUUUAAAAUAUUUUCAUCAGUAUGGUAAUGUUGCUAAUCAUAAAAAUGAACAAUGGAUUCACAUUGAUACGUUUUCAGCUAUGAAUGGAAUAUCCCGCUUUUGUGAAAGUGAUUUUCCAUGGAGGUAUUCUAAGGAAGAAGGGAUUCCCCUAGAAGAGUUGAAACAGAGAAAUUUCACCUACCUCAUAAAUGAACAUCCUUCUGUUGAUGGAUUCAAGUGUCUCUUUGCUGUAAAUGGGUUCUCAAGGCUACGUCUUCAGUAUCGCUAUCCACUCAUUUUACUGGUAAAAGAGCCCAAAGUUUAUAUUCAUGGAAGUGCGAGAAACAAAGAAGUUUUGAGUCGAAACUGGCCAGGAUGCUCGUGAUAUUUAUGUGGUAAAUUCUACUAGUUUUUAACUCGAAAAUUAUGUAGAAAAAUGAGUUGUGGAUUCAUAACCUCUUUUUUCAUGAGGGAAACUGAUCAAACUUUCAUUAACCGAUAGCCUUCUUUCGUGUACAAGUGGAUUAGAUUUGAUAGGGAUAAAAACACCCUUUCUCAAUGAAGGCUUGAAUAGUAUUUGUUUUUUGUCAUACACAUUACAGAGAUUAACUACCCCGUUUCUUCUUGAGAAUAUAUUCAUUCUUGAAUGAAAGUGAAGUGAGUUGCAUUUUUGGA